AUGUCGGAAUCAUACUUGCAGGUCGGAGUCGACGAAUCUUCUAGCAUGCUUCUUACUAUCAACACCCACCGAGGUCUCUACAAGGUAAAUCGUCUCGCACCUGGCGUAAAAGCUGCUCCAGGAGCAUUCCAGCAACUAGUGGACACCAUGUUGACUGGCCUCAAGCACACUUCCGGUUACAUCGAUGACAUCGUGGUUGGUGGUGAAACGGAAGAGGAGCACUGGACGAACCUCAAUGCCCUGUUCCAGCGUCUACAGGAAUUCGGAUUCACCGUUCGAAUCGAGAAGUGCUCGUUCGGACGGCAGCAAAUCAAAUAUCUCGGACAUCUUCUGGACCAGCACGGCGUUCGACCUGAUCCAGCCAAGAUCGAUGCCAUCACACGCAUGCCUGCUCCAACCAACGUCUCAGAGGUGAGAUCGUUCCUCGGUGCAAUCAAUUUUUAUGGCAAAUUUGUCCAAAAUAUGCGCGCUCUUCGCCAUCCAUUGGACGAAUUGCUGAAAGCAGGUGUCAAAUUCGACUGGACAUCGCAGUGCCAGGGAGCGUUUGAUAAAUUCAAAGACAUCCUCUCGUCCGAUUUGCUACUCACACAUUACAAUCCGAAACUGGAGAUAAUAGUUUCGGCUGAUGCAUCGUCAGUCGGCCUCGGGGCAACUAUCAGCCACCGGUUCCCCGAUGGCUCGAUAAAAAUUGUACAGCAUGCCUCCAGAGCCUUAGCACCCGCUGAGCGCAACUAUAGCCAACCAGAUAGAGAAGGCUUGGCUAUAAUCUUCGCUGUAACAAAAUUUCACCGCAUGCUCUUCGGUCGAAAAUUCCUCCUUCAAACGGAUCACGCUCCAUUGCUGCGGAUAUUCGGAAGCAAGAAAGGGAUACCAGUAUAUACCGCCAACCGGCUCCAACGCUGGGCUUUAAUCCUACUAAUGUAUGAUUUCACAAUGGAGUAUGUAGCCACUGAUAAGUUUGGCCAUGCAGACGUUCUUUCGCGCCUAAUAAAUAAUCACGUGAAGCCUGACGAGGAUUACGUCAUAGCAUCUGUCACCAUGGAAGAUGACGUCAGGUCAGUAGCGUUCGAUCCUUUUAAUGUGUUACCUAUCAAUUUUAGAGAGGUGCAACAAGGCACCCGCACGGAUCCGGUGCUCAAGAAGGUCUACCGGUACAUCCAAAUUGGAUGGCCUAAAAGUUUGCCCCGUAACGCCGAUCGAGAGCUCCAACGUUUCCACAAUCGACACGAGUCUCUGACCACGGUUCAAGGCUGCAUUUUAUUCGGCGACAGGCUCGUUAUUCCAUCCCAGCUGCGUAAGCGAUGCCUCGACGAGCUCCAUCGUGGUCAUCCGGGCAUACAGCGGAUGAAAGCACUCUCCCGCAGUUACGUGUAUUGGCCAUUGCUCGACAGUGAUAUUACCGACUGCGUGAAAGCUUGUACACAGUGUGCUUUGGCGGCGAAAUCACCGCCAGUAGCUCUACCAGUACCCUGGCCUAAGUCCACGAGUCCAUGGCAACGGGUCCACGUUGAUUACGCUGGUCCCAUCAAUGGCGACUACUAUUUGCUCGCUGUGGACUCCUAUUCGAAAUGGCCAGAAGUUGUUCAGACAAGUCGCAUAACCAGCGCAGCGACCAUCCGCAUUCUCCGCAAGAUAUUUGCUCGUCUAGGGAUGCCGGACACAUUGGUGUCAGACAAUGGCACCCAAUUCACCAGCUCUGAUUUCGCUCAGUUCUGCACCAGCAAUGGUAUAGACCACGUGACUACCGCCCCGUUCCACCCACAAUCAAAUGGUCAGGUGGAACGUUUCGUGGAUACGUUUAAGAGAGCGAUCAAAAAGGCUCACGAGGGGAGAAGUUCGGUAGAAGAAGCAAUCGACAUGUUUCUGCUAGCGUAUCGAAGUACGCCAAACUGGUCAGCACCAAAUGGCUUUUCGCCUUCGGAACUAAUGUUCGGUCGGCGCAUACGUACGUGCCUCGAAUUACUACGUCCUCCUGCAGAACAAUCAUCAUCGCCUCCACCUACCAAACCGAAGCGAUCCUUCAACUGUAGUGAACCAGUGUACGUCAAAUUGUACUCUAAAAACGCCUGGAAUUGGGUACCAGGCACAGUUCUCGAGAAAGUGGGACGAGUAAUGUACAACGUUUGGACUGAUGGGAGUCGUCUAGUCCGGUCUCACGUUAACCAGAUGAGAAGCCGAACAUCAUCCAGCUCUAUCGAAGGUUCCGGUAAACCGCCGUCAGCCAGACAUAAAACCUUGCCCGUAAGCAUUCUCUUGGACACUUGGGGCACACCAACGACUUCGACUGAUAUAGCACCUUCGCCAUCGCCAUCGCUAUCACCACCCAUGAUUCCAAUGAGUCCAGUCGUCAGUCCUAGUCAGGAGUCCUCAUCAUCUUCAUCGACGUCUUCCAACUUCGAAUCAGCUGCAACUAGUACACCAACGAUACAGCUUCCACGGCGCUCUUCUAGGCCUAGAAGACCACCUGAACGGCUUAACCUGUAUCGAUGA